GGAUGUAAUCUUCAUUCUAUUAAUCAAUUUGAGCCCCAGACUAUUUCCUUAAAAGACAAAAAGGAAAAAAAACUUCCGCCUCUAUGAUAAGCAACAGUAGAAGUUUAAAGAUAAGCCAACAGGCUAGCUGGCUCCUUCACAUUUUUCACAUAUCAUCCUAAGCCAUCAAAAGACCACUUUACUGUAUAACAACAGAUCUUUGAUGCUAUGUCAUACAAUUCUUGCAUUGAUAAUUAUGUCUUGUAUAAAAUGGUUGAAGAUACGCGCAUGACAUAAGCCUUAAUAACUUCUUCAACUGAUUAAUUCGAUUGCAGUCAUCCAUCAUUAUCCCUCACUCAGCCAUCUGCAUACCAGAUUCUAAGCAAAAUUUAUUCGUUGAUAAGAUUAUGACUCACCCAUAUAUUCUUCUUUCUCUUGAUUGAAAAAUUAGUCAUAAAAUUAGUCAUGUGCAUUACAUGCACAAAAUUACUUUUAGCAGGUCAGUAAGACAUUGUUGCAUUUGGUUGUUGUUUAAUUCAUAAAAGUCACUCAACAAAGUAGUAUUUUACUGUUGCUCCAUUCAUUAGCCCCAGAUAAGUAAUUUUCUUAUGUGCGAAACGAGGUAAGGUAAUUAUUAAAAUGUUAGGAGUCACUCGGCCAUGACUUGGAUAGACAUGGGCAAUUCCAUUCAACCAGAAACAAAAGAAGCCUGAUCACCUACAGAGGCAUCAAAGAACCUGCAGUCCCAAUAGCCCAAUCCAAAAAUGUCAAUGAUCGAAUUGGAACUCAGAUUUUAGGCCCAUGGGCAAACAACCACCUAGAGUUCUAAAACAUGAUUAGGUUCCAUCCGGCUUAAGUGGGCCAAUAGAAGCCUAUCGGAGGCCAGGUCUGGGCCUGCUUUCAAUGGUGGGCUGAAUCUAGGCCUCCACCAGUCCAACCCAACCCGGUAAGACUUCAAUAAAGACAGAGGCAACAUUCUUAGUAGGGACAAAUGCUCCAGCUUUAGCAUGAGUAAUCCAAGCUAGGAGCCGUCUACAUUAGCAGUGUCAUCAUUCGGCUUCUUCACCGGAGGAUUAAUUAGAAGCAUCUCCAUAAAAAACACCGCCAGUCCCUCCAGAUACUGCUUAAAGCUGAUCAGAUAUUCUAUCAUUUCUCAUAUAAAAUAAAAAUAUAUAAAUAAUACCAUCUUUAUCCUCUAAAUAACCUCGAACAAAUCGCCGAAUUCAUCAGUUCCCAUCACUAAGCAACAAUAUCCAGUGCUCCUCAUAGAACAAUGCCGAGGAAGAAAUCAGUAUAAAAGACGCCCUUACCACUAGUUUCUCCCUCUUCCCUUUUCUUCAAUUCAUUGUUUCUGUACACAAAGUUAAGCAGAAACUAUGAGCAUCCAGCAGAAGGAUCAGCAGAUUAAACAAAGAAAGAUACCGACCGGUCAACCAUCAACUCCCAUCCAGAGAUCUCCAGUAGUGGGGAGGAAGUCUCAACAGCAUGGGGGAUGCUGCAGGGUCUUUGCCAUGUUAUUCUCUGCGCUCCCAGAGACGCAGCAGUCAACCAUGGCAGGUCUUCAGCAGCAGGUAUCAAGCAGCAAUAAGGUCUUGGUAACUCAUAAUGAAGCAUGAGUUAAGUUUUUCAGAAUUUCAGUUACCAUUUUCUAUGACCGCACCAUCAACUAUGAACUGCUUGUAGAUGCCCAUAUUUCAGCAUAAAUAAGAGAGAACCAAAAUCUUACCUCUCCACAAUAUUUCAGCAUUCCUCAAGCAAUGUGCUGGAGACUGGAGAAGCCAUCUUCCCAACCAAUGCACCAAAUGAUAUUUUAGGACAACUCAGAUCCCUGGAUUUCAAAAAAGAACAGGAAUUUGAAAAAUUAAAAACAAUCAGCAAAAAUUCCUCAAGCAUUACAGUGGAGACUAGAGAAGACAUCUUAAAUGCACCAAAUGGUAUUUCAGGAUGACUUCAGAACCCUGGAUUUCAAAAAAGAACAGAAAUUUGAAGGUGAAAAAUGAAAAAUUGAAAAACAAACAACAAAUAGUUAUGGUUUAGAUAGGAAAACUAGCUCUUUCUGGAUGUUGAAGUAUUUUUCUGUUUUGCAAUCAAGGUUGACGAACUCAGAGAGGAGCUUCAACGUCAGAGAGAUCUCAAGGAUACUUACAAAGCUCGUCUGGAGAGCAUGAAGGAAUAUCUCAGUUUCUGCUUAGACAUUGCACAGCAGAAUGGCUUCCUGCACCACAUAUCCAACAACCAGCAACCCUCUCAUCCCACAAAACUCAAUCAUGAAACAAUCUCAAAACCAGUUGAUACAAUGACCGGUGAUCCUCAAUUAGCAGCCAUCAGGGAUCAAGCAAAGAUCAAUGGAUGGUUUAUUCAGCCGCAUGAGGUGAGCAUUUGUAUUCUUCUCUUUCAAUCUUAUUAUCAUUCUUAUGUAAUGCCUCUGCAGAGUGUACCCCACUAAACUCCUCCAUUUGCAACAGUUGACAACACAAGACUUCAUAGCAUGUGAAGCAAGGAUGCUAAUACAUAGGCAUCCACGUAGAGAUAAUCAUGCCUAAAGCUCAUUAAGAGCAUUAUCCAUGAUAUUGCACAAGAAAUUGCAGCUUAUAUCCACUUUUAACCAGGAGAAAAGCAUAUUACAAAUAAAUAGGUUCUAACAAGAGGACCAAGAUAUUAAUCAGACAGAAACAAUGAAAGUUAACUACAAACCCAACAACAUGAGAAAAAAAAAGCUACUUCAUAUGUGACAUUGGGGACAUGACAUAGCACCAAAUUCCUUCCAACAGAAUAAUCAUAUUUUGAUCAUGUACGGGGAUUGCAUUACUGUCAUAAAUUCUGACAUCAAUAUAAAUAUUGCUAGGUAACACUUAAGUUCAGAUAUGCAUGUCCAUGGCAAUCCAAGUUUGAGUUUUUGAUAAUCCUCAAAGUGCUAUUUAGAGCCGCUGGCAAAAAUCAAUAACAUUUGUCUCAACUGUUUACUUCAAGCCAACCAUAGUGAUGAAAUCUGUAUGAUAUUUCAUCAUCUUGAGCCAUCUCAGCAAGAAACAGAUAUUUGACAACCUGGAUGGUGUAUUAGUCAUCAAGUACUGACUUAUUUAUCAUGAAUGAAACUAUAUUACAGGUUUUAUGUUUAUUAUAGUAUCAUGACAAAAGUGGUUCAUAACUCAACAACUUACUUUAUUUUGGCUGCUAAUACCGCAUAAAGAAUAUAUCUCUAUGUAUAAUAUUGUUAAAAGAAUGAAGGAAUGAUGUGCUAAAACUUCCUUCACUUAACUGAUUGUACAGUUAAAAGUUAUUCAAUACUGGAAAAACAUUUGAACAAGCUGAUAUAUUUACAGAAACUAAGGAUCCAAGGUUGAAAAGUUAUUAGUCAUCAUUUAUCAAAAAUCGUAAUAUCUGUAAUCACAAUAAACACUAUAGAUUAAUUAUCAAAUAAUCUAUCACUAUUUUUUAAGAAAAAAAAAUCUUAAGCUUUGAGCAACAACCUCGGUUGUUACAAUCUCUGGACAAAUUUACAUGUAGCAAAAAAACAAAAAGCACAUUUUGUAUUGAGUGCUGAGCGGUGUCUCUGGUGUCAAGGUUUCAAGGUACCCACCUGAGAUGGUUAUCAGAUACCAAUGUUAAUAACUCUUCAAGCUCACAAAAGACAUGAACUUUUUAUCAUCAUAAACUACAAUCUAGUGACAGAUAGCGAUAGGUUGAGAUUCUAAUUAAGGUACCACAAUGAGAUGGUGUCGCUAAGUGAAGAUGUUUAUGAUAGCAAGUUCAAAAGACAUUAAUUGGAACCGAUCACAAGCACAUCCCGAACCACAAACUUCUGGGAUUAGCCUAUUUGCUAUGGUUAUAACUGCAUGCUAAUUGUUUAAUAUCCAUGCAGAAGGUAAUAGACAUGCUGCUUCCCAUCGACAACUAACAAUGAAAAAUGCAAUUUACUCCAAGCAGAUAGAGUUGCAUGAACAAAUAGGCCAAGGGACAACUGCUGACAUAUACAGGGGGACUUGGCGAGGCCUUGAUGUUGCUGUUAAGUGGAUAUACCCCACAUACUUCCAAUUAAAUGAAGGUGGUGAAGCAUUCUUUGCACAGGAACUUGAUACUCUUUCACGUCAACACCACCCUUAUGUGUUGCGAUUAAUUGGCGCAUGUCUCCUGCCACCAGAAAAUGGAUGGGUGGUCACAGAGCUGUUGAGUGGAAAGACUUUAAAAGAAUGGCUGCAUGGGAAUAAGAAGAGGCAAAGAGAAAGGUCAGUACCUCUUCCCCCUUUGAAAGAAAGGAUAGAGAAGGGUUUGGAAAUUGCUCAGGCGAUGCAAUACCUUCACGAACAAAAACCCAAGGUCAUCCACAGAGACUUGAAGCCAAGUAACAUACUCCUGGAUGAUUGUUUGCAUGUGCGAGUGGCUGACUUUGGGCAUGCUCGAUUCCUGCCUGAGGGAGAGGCAGCACUAACAGGAGAAUUGGGUAAGAAUCUAAUGUCUACAAACUUGCGUGAAGUAAUGUAGGAUUGCAUAUUGUCCAUGAAAAUCAUCAUCCAACAGAUGCCAAUUCUCAAAUGCCAUCCCUUGCCCUUACAAAAAUCUCGGCCUCAAACCUGGAAACCAGGUGACUGCUAGACUGCAAGGAUUUUUUUUUUCCUUCAUAGUUGGUCAGAUAUGUAACACACGAUUUAAUUGAAGCCAACCUUAUCUUCAGUUCAGUUCUCAAUGCAGUAAAAGACUGGGCUACUGAUGUGAGAUUAAGUCAUCAAUUCAUCCUGAAUUUUUAGUAACGACCAGCAAUAGAAAAACAUCAUUUCAAUUAAAUAACCAGGUGCAUAACAUGCACAGGGCUGACCUUUCAUAUAUACUGACAGAGGGACAAACAAAUUUAUGUUCAAUAGUUAGCGAGAAGGAAAAAAAAACUUUGUAUUAAUAUUAAAUUAAUUUGCUUCUGUAAUGUUUGACUCCUAAAUGCUUCCUCUUCAAUUUUCAGGGACUUAUGAGUACAUGGCACCUGAGGUAAUCCGUUGUGAACCAUACAAUGAAAAAUGUGAUGUUUAUAGCUUUGGCAUCAUAUUGAAUGAGCUGAUCACCGGUCAACAUCCAUACAUAGAGACCAGCUUCAAUCCUAGUAAGGUAUAAUCCAAUCACCUGCUCAGACCUUCAAGAUGAACCUUCCUAAACAUGUAUGCUCUAGCUUUCUAGGAACAAUAUGCAUAUGGUUCACAAUAAUAAUGCAUUUCAGAUAUUAUCUUAUGUUGAAGCAAGUCAAAAUUAUCUUUGUAAUAUCAAAUAACAAGCCAAAUCUAAAA